AUGACAAAGCUGCAGAAGAUAUCGUCUAAAACAGUUAUUAUCCAGCCUGGCUCCACAGUUUUACGCAUCGGUCUUGCUUCCGAUGAGGAGCCAAAGUGCUUUUUCCAUUGUAUUGCUCGUGCGUGUAAAAACGCUGGCCCUGUUCGGAUUCCCUCUUUAAACUCCCAAAACUUUACUUCAGAAGAUAUUGACGUGUCAAGUUCUGUCUUCAGUUUCUUCCCCCGCUCAGAUUCCUUAGUGAUUGAAAAUAAGUUUUACAACAUUUUGAAUUCCGUCGAUACUGAUUCCAAAUAUUUUCUGGGUGAUCCUAGGCCUCCGUUCCUACCCUUUCUCAGAGCUCUUAAUAAAUGCGUUGGUUGUGACUAUCAGCUGGAAUGGCCAAUUGUGUCUGGUUCUUUUAACAGGGCAUUUACCCCGUCUCUCAACUUGCAGAAUCUGGAAGAUAUGUGGACUUAUGCUUUGGAGAAGCAUUUGGCUAUUCCCAGGAACUCAUUUAACCUCUAUUCUGUAAUUCUCGUGAUCGAGGACGUCUUUUUCCGUCGAGAGGUGCGGCAGAUAAUAAACAUGCUCUUACUGAGUCUUCACUUCUCUCGAGUCGUUGUGCAGCAAGCCAGCGUGUGCGCUACCUAUGGUGUAGGGCUUCCUACUGCUUGUGUUAUCGACUUGGGCUUUCAAAAGACUUCCAUUUCCUGUGUUGAUGAGGGCAUUUCCCUUCCUGAUGUACGCGUUAAAUUGCCCGUUGGCGCUAGUAGUUGUCUUCAAGCUCUUCGUACGGCAUUAUACAGCUCUGCCGGAUGUGGAAAUGAACUCGCGGAGCUAAUGCAGGCAGCAGAACACGGAUCUCUCGAUGAUAUGAGACGCCUUUUCAAUGCAAUGUUUGACGCUGACAGUGCAAUAAUCGCGCGAAUGCAGACGGAGUCGUUGGAAUCAAUAGCCUCAGAGGAGAUAACCAUCAAAAUUUCUCCUAGACAUGAAGUCACUUUAUCCAAUACAACCGUUCUUGGCGCGCAUUUAGCACCCUACUUCUUCAUUACAGACGGUCGCUUGCUGCCGGAGUAUCAAAUACCAGGAAUUGAUGCGCCAGAGCCGGAUGACCCCUUUGACGAAAUCUACAGUGCCAUGACUAUGCGCGAAAAGAGGCGGAAAUUGCAGGGUGAUUUUGUUCCUAAUCGAGGUGAUGAGGGCGCCUUUGAGCUCAAAAAUCAGAAGGUUUCGAAGGCCUCCUCUUUCAAAGACCUAGCUGAGGCGGUUUUAUGGUCUAUCCGACACGCAGCUGCAGCUGCUGCCUCUGCUUCGACAUUUGAUUCAGAAGCACUGGGAGCCGACGGUGUUGCCGAUACUAAGGGUGAUCAACUGCGUCAACGUCUGUUCGGAUGCAUCCUCCUUGUUGGUGGUGGGGCCACCGGUCUCGGAGGCUUUCUCCUCUCUAGGUGGCUCACUCGUGAACUACAAAAUCUCGUGGGUGAUGGCACGAGUGUCGAAGUGCUGACUAGAACUCGCGGUGUCUCAGAUCUCGCUUGGCAAGGAGCCAAACUUAUGCUUAGCACAGACUCAAUCUCAGACCUCUGGCUUACUCCUGCCGAGUGGAAUCGCUACGGCUCUCGACUACUUCGUGAAAAAGCCCCUUUUCCUUGGUAA